AUGGCCACCAAGUACCACCUCCGCCCCAUCGCCCACGUCCACACCGGCGAGCCGCCCCUCUCGCCCUCCACCACCGCCUCGACUGGCAGCGACCGCAGCCCGACCUCUGGGCCCUCCAAACGCGCCUUCCUCCCCCCCGCGCCCCCAGGCCCGUCCCGCCAAUACCGCCCCAUCUCGCCCACCCUCCGAGAGCUGGAACUCUCCCCGGUCGACGCCGACGCCGCGCCCAUGCCGCGCCGCGGCGGCUUCCCCGCGCCCCCGACGGGCCACGAGCUCAUGGCGCUCUUCCCCCCGCCGCCGCCCAACGCCGUCAUCGGCCCGACGUCCGGCUUCUUCUUCGAGCAGGAGCGCGCCUUCUUCGCGCGCAAGGGCAACGAGAUCGUCACCGUGCAGAUCGAGGUCGACAUGCACGCCCACGCCCACCCCGCCCACGCGCACGUCCCCGUGAGCGUCGGCGAGCACCCGGCCCGCCACGCGUCGCGCUCCCCCCGCGGUCAUGCGCUCGCCCCCCCGCCCCCAGGCCCGUCUCCGCCGAUACAGGGGGGCCCCAGGGGCCCCCGCGGCGGCAUCCCGAUCAUCCCUGUCCCCGCUCAGUCUGCGUCGGCCCCGUCGCCGUACCCGCCGCACGCGCACUCUGUGCCCCCGCCGCAGCCGCACCCACACGCGCGGACGACACCCCCGCAGGCCCCUAUGGACGUCCAGAUGCAGUACCCGAUGCACCCGCCCGCGCCGCCUCCGCCCGCGGGCGAGCAUGGAGGCAAGCAGCAGCAGCAGGGGGAGGGGUACCCGGUGGAGGACGACGAGGCGUGGAGGAGGCCGAUGCCGCACAACGAACGGAGACGAGCGGGGAAGCAUACGAAGCGGGUGAUCGUCGUGAAGUGA